GAUAGACUGAUUAUGGACAGACCUGAAAACUGCAAAGCUCCAACUAAGCUGACAGCUCCAGAAACGCCAACAAUGACAAAUGUUGGGAGCAUUCCUGGAAGAAUGCCUAUUACUCAGCUACAGCCCCAACCAGUCAUGACUUUAUCCUUACAGUCCAUACCUUUACAUCGUCAUAUUCAGACUCAGGCAAGAAUGGCAUCAAGUUCUCCUGCGCCAGCCCAAAGUCCUCCACUCCAUGUGGUACCACAGAUGACACAGAGCCCACUACACCAGCACGUAAUAGGCAGAGGUUCAUCUGACUUCCUCAGCUUUACCACAGACAUGAACACAGAGGUGGACUCACUUGAUCCCAGCAUCAUGGAUUUUGCUUUACAAGGUAAUAUAUGGGAAGACAUGAAGGAUGAAAGCUUUAGUCUGGACACGCUAGCUGCAUUUAGCAACUCCCCCAUCCAGCUAUCAGACUGUGACUUGGGUACAAUUGGUCUGACACCAGUGUCUAGUAGCAGUGACCAUUCCUUUACAGACUUUCAAGUCACCAGCCUGUACACUACAUAUGCAAAUCUGGACAAUGUGACACCUUCCCAGUGUGUGGCGGGACAGGGCAAUAAACCCAUUGCUUUGCUAUAG